UCAAACCUGAGCAGCUGCUUUAAAAUAUCUGACAUUUAACUCUUAGGAUCUACCCAUCCAGUGUGUUCUUAGAGUCCAGAUGGGGCUAUAAUAAGCUAUUGUAUCCAAAAUUACAUGUCUGUCAUAGCUAAGCAUGAAGAACAUUUACAUCUUGUGGUAGAUCAUUCCAGUUUGUUAGGUAGGAUUUGGACAAGUGUAAAAACUAAUUGCAUCUAUCACAUUUUAUAAUAUAUGAAUGAAAAAAUGCAUUACACUCUUCAUGACUUCACAAGUGGGUGUGCAUUUAAAAAAAAGUCUUUAUGGGUGUUAGUUUCUUUGAUUUUGUGUUUAUAUUUCUUAAGCAUGAAUGUAAUCUGAAUGUUCUAUAACCGUAGCCUGCUUUUGUUUGGACAAUAAAUACACCAGGCAGGUGUUAUACCUACUGAUCCACCCUCUAACGAGACAUGUGCGGACUUUAGACCGAAUUUAGUCAUAAACCUAUUUGGAUAAAGCAUAAUGAUACAAAUUCUCUCAUAACAGUCUUCUUUGUUGUAAGCAAUGUUAAUGUAAUUUAUUAAUAGCUUACAAUUAUACUUGUGUCUUCUAUUGAUUGACUCCAUUUAUUUCCAAUAGCCUACUCUAGUUAUUAAUGUGAUUUUUGAUUUCAUCAGGAAAAGAUUUACUUCGGUAAGUUAAACCUCAAAUAAACAAGUGGAAAAUGGCCAUGUGUGUAUUUUGAGUCUCUGCAAAUUUUGAUUUCAUAUAUGCAUGAGCGUUUACAGUAAAUGAAAAUGCUCGUAAGAGUAGUGUAUCCGCUCUCACUCACACCCGCAGCGGGCAAAGUGGAAAGUGAAAGUGAAAGUAAGAAAGGCUAUUUGAUAAGCACAGGGAGUGGAGGAGUGUGGUCAUUUUCUCCGAUAUCCCACGCUUUCAAAGGAUUGACUUUGAAAAGCCAACGUUGGCUUAAAAUCUACAUGUUUAAACUUGUAUUCCAUACUUAUCUUCGACACUAAGGACUGUACGUCGAGCUGCGUAAAGGAGAUUGCGCCCUGGAGUUCCGAACAGCACGAUGGGUGCAGUUAUGAUGCAUGCGUACCUUGUGGCUGCAUCACUGUGUGUGUGUGGCGCUGCCCCCAUCUCAGAUAGCCUUGAGGUUUUAAGGACCCCUGUCUCAGUGUACCGCGGCCACACAGCCACAUUACCAUGCUGGCUCAAUCCCCCACAAAAUGCAGAGGGUCUGGAGGUACACUGGUACCGUGGUGGUGACUCCCUGAUCUUGUUUUACCGUGGAAAAAAGUUUGAGGACACAUCCCAGGAAGCUUCGUAUGUGGGCCGAGUCUCGUUUGGCUUGAAGGAUGCAGCGUCUGGAGGGCUGGCGACAGGUGACGUGAGCCUGAAGCUGAAAAAUGUCACCAUUGAGGACGCAGGAGAAUACACCUGUUACGUCAGCAGCGAUCAGAGUUACGACAGAGCCACUGUCAGUCUCCAGGUGAUAGCAAUGGGCGCCCCGCCUCUCCUGUCAGCGGUGUGGAAAGAAGACAACAUGUUGAAUAUGAGCUGCGAGUCUCAAGGCUGGUAUCCACAGCCUAGUCUGCGCUGGUCGGAUCAAAAGCAGGAUCUCCCCCCCAAAAGCCUGAAGUACAGCAAAGACUCUUCUGGUCUCCUGUCAGUCCAAAGCUGGCUUCUUGUCUCCAGCUCCACUGAGGUCUCCUGCUCAGUAGGCGUCGCUGACAAAGAGGCGAAGGAGGCAAGAGUGCACAUGGGGAGCCUUCCUCAACCUGAGUCUGGAUCCUCAGUGGGUGGAUGGGUGGCUUUCGCGCUUCUCCUUACGGCCGUGCUCGCGUUACUUGGAGUGCUGUAUUUCAGGAGGAGAGGGAAGAAAGCCAAAUCAGGAAGUGACCGUGCUGAAGAGAAUAUUAAACUUUUAUCAGAAGAAGACAUCCUUAAAGCCAGCAAGCAUUACGUUAACGUCACACUUGACAAGGCGGGAAAUAAAUAUCUCACAAUCAAGGAUGGUCGUAUGCUGAGAGACGCCGGCGGUACGUUUCCGCAGGUUACCUGUCUGACAGCUAUCAAAGGAACACCUGGCUUCUCAUCUGGAGAACACUACUGGGAGGUUUCUUUGUGGAAACCAAACGUAGGUGUCAAACAGUCGUGGUGGAUAGGCGUUACAAGUGUAGAUGUCAUUCCUCAGGAGUCAGAUUCUACUCCAACUACAUCUGAUGGUUUCUGGUUCCUGUCGUCUUCCCCUGGCGGAGCAAAUACCCUUCAGUUUAACACACAACCACAAGUUGUACUUCCCGUUUAUUCCAGACCACAGACAGUCGGUGUGUAUUUGAAUCAUGACAAAGGAGAGCUUUCCUUUUAUAACGUGGGUGAUAAGAGUCUCAUUGGCAGUUUAAAAGCUACCUUCGAAGGUGAAGUUUUCCCGGUUUUCAAUCCUGGUACAGGUGAUGUAGCAUCUAUGGAGAUAUUGCAUAGGACAGAACAGGGUCAGUCGAGUGACACGGGGAACUCUGUAGGUUCAACAGCACAGGAGAAUUAAUCUCACUAUCAUCAAUGAAAUGAAAACACAAGGGGUCAGUUUUAUAUUUAAGCACGGUACUUGUAGUUUGUGCAGAAGGGACUUCCCAACAUCUGUAAAUAAGUCAUAUUAAAGGGAAACAACACCUAAAUUAAGAAUUCCAAUCUGCUAUUUUUUGGCCUUUAAAAAUGUAAUCAAUAUUUGUGAACAUGAGUUCCUCUCUCUCAAAGCCAGAGACCAGACAAGUCACAAACUUGUGAUGUCAUCAAGUAUAAAGUCUGGAGCUGAUCAAUAGGCAAAGAAUGGGAGCCUGAUUUUGUGUACCCACAGAAUUUGUUUUCUUUUUUUAAUAUCCAAAUGAGCAUUAUUCUAUUGCAGUGUUCACAGUUCUGAAAAAGAAAGUGUACCCAUAUACUCUCAUGAACAUUCCCCUGGUUGCUCUCAGUGCCAUCUCUAACAGUGGUUCCCAACUACUCAUUCAAGAUCCCAGAGUUAAAUACAUUCCGCACCAUACUUGCCUUUGGCCAUGUCGUCACGCUAGUUUGCUGUCUCCGUUAAGUAGCUGUCUAUUAAGCCCUGUUUCCAUUGAGCGGUAUGGUUCAGUUCAGUGAGCUUUUUUUUCUGUCUCCACUGUGAAAAGUUGUGGAUGGUACCAAUGGAACCGUUCUGUACUGUCCCCAUAUUUGGUUACCCCUCUGUUGGGGUACCUGGCACACAGAUCUGGUACUAAAAGGUGGAACUGUGAACACUGCAGUCUGUUGACUGGUCAAUAGAGGACAGUCACUCUGCUCAGGGCUGAGCUGAGGCUGGUCAUAAGCUUACGUAACCACUGUUCAUACCGUGGAGAGUUUUAUUAGUGGGCUGUAACUAUAAAAUGAAAGGAUGUUUUGCUGCCUCUUGCAGCAGCUGGAGUCAGAGAAAAAAUAACUUAAUUCACUGGGCCGACUGCCGGCAACUUUUAAGGUGGAAUGUUAACUUGUCAUGUUACUCAAUGCAUGAGAUCAUGAUUUGACUCAAUCAACACACCUUAAAUUUCAAUAUGACAAUUUUGACCAUCACUUUAGUUUUUAUAUGACAAAGUUUUAGUAAUGAGUGGAUCUUCAAGCGUUUAUAUAUAGCAAUUUCGGCAAUGUGAACUGCAUAUAUUUUAAUACUCACUCGGAAAAAACACAAGGGUUGCGUAGCGUCGGGCUAUGGCAACACCAAACCCCUGAGCUUGCCUGAGAAGGACUAAAUGCACAAACCAACUAUUUUUAAAUAUCUCAUCAAGAGAGACUCUCACUGCAGCCUGUUCUAUUUUGUUCUGAAAAUGUUGGCAUGCAACCCUGUUCCAUAGACGAUAAACGAGACUUUCGUCUGUGUCACUGAUAAUAAGGAAAUACAGUGAGUGCUGGACGGAGCAGUCAGUGACAACAACCCCGCCCACAUGAAAGAGUGCUGUUUGUGGUGGAAAUGCUAGGGUCUAGGUACCAGGUCUGAAGGGUUACUUUUGGGUCCAAAGGUACUAUACUGGGAGUGUUUGGUGUAUGGGGCUUUUGUCAUUUACUCUACAGCAGGAAACGGCACUUCAAAAUAAAAGCUCUGUGCAAAAAUUGGAAACCAAUGAUCUAGAACAUUUUUCCCAAUUUGUUAUCUAUGUAGCAGCUCCAGACUUCAUACUCUAUGACAUCACAAAUUUGAGUUUUAGCACUCUUAGACCAAAGAAAUAACAUGUAUGAACUUUGAAAAUGGGCUUAGUUCCCCUUUUAAAGCUGAAAUGUUUAUAGUCAUAUGAGCUCAAACCCGAAAUCAGUUCUGCUUGACACAAAAAAUAGCAAGAUCUUACAGUAAAUCGAUGUUGUUGUUUUUUUUCGUUGAAGUUGUAAAGCUGAAAUGUUUAUAGUCAUAUGAGCUCAAACCUGAAAUCAGUUCUGCUUGACACAAAAAAUAGCAAGAUCUUACAGUAAAUCGAUGUUGUUGUUUUUUUUCGUUGAAGUUGUAAUUUGUAAGAAUUUAGCCGAAUGGACAAUUUUGAGUCUGUGGCGUAACGUAAAUAUACCAUUAAAUGAAUAGUUUGACGUUUUGGGAAAUACACAUAUUUGCUUUCCUGCUGAGAGUCACAAGCAGAUUGACACCACUCUCACAUAUGUGCAGUAAAUAGACACGAGUAGUGUCGAUCCUCUCACUUACCUCACUAACAAAAAAACAAAAACAAGGGGCGUCGGUGGCUUAGUGGAUAGAGCAGGCACCCCAUAUACAAGGCUGUUGCUGCAACGGCCCAGGUUUGACUCCAGCCUGUGGCCCUUUGCUGCAUGUCAUUCCCACUCUCUCUCCCUCUUUCACACUUGUCUGUCCUAUCAAUUAAAGGCAAAAACUGCCCAAAAAUAUCUUAAAAAAAAAACAAAACAAAACAAAAAAACCCAAAUAGGUGUAUUUCCAAGAACUACUGCAUGAAGUGUAGUUUAGUUAGUGAUAGUCUUGUGGUUAAGCAUAUCUAUAUGGCCAGUGCUUUUAAUGGAUAAGCUAGUUCUACUGUCCUUGGCAAACUUUAUGUCCACAUGUUAUUACAUUCAUAUACUACUAUCCAUUCAUACACUCAGUAUUUACUUACUUAUUUCUUUCAUACACUAAUUAUAAUGUGUAAUAUCUUGUGAUGUUAUUUUUGCCUGUGCUGCCUUUUACAUAGUUAAUAUUGUGUGGAUUUUUGGAACACUUUAAUUUACAUACAUGCUGCACUGACGCAAGAUUUUUUUUUUUUUUUUUUUCACAUCUUUAUAUAUUUUUGUGCUUUUUGGUAAUUUUGGUCUUGUAACCAUUCCAUACAUGCACACUACACAGAAAUAUAUAAGAGGUAUUCAUUUGGGCUCUAACGGGUGUGAGACUACAAGCCAGACUCUAAAACAGAUCUUAAAUCUUAUUGGUCUUGCUUAAGGUAUUGUAGGUGGACUUGAGCUUAUUCAGGAUGUAGCACAGUACAAUCUAAGACAGACGAUGAAAUGACAAAAACCCAUAAAAUCUAUUUCCUGGCAAAAUAAAGUACAAAGUUCUCAGUGGAUUGGUGCAUUGUAUAUUGUGCAUAUUCCAACAUUAUGAUUAUAAGCUGUCUAAGUCCAGUAGUGUAAUGUAAUGAAGUGACAAUACUUUGUUACAGUACUUUAAUAUUUUCUGAGAGAAUCUGUACUUGACUUGAAUUUUUUUUUUUUUCAGCUUUUACUUCACUACAUGCCCUUCACGAAAUGUAUUUGACUAUAAUACAUUUCCCCUGAAACAUACCUCUUUUUUUGUCAAGUGUAAUUAACCAUUUCAUUUUUAAGGUGGUGUACAUGUUAAGGAGAAAUAACCGUAUGAUCGCUUGCUUUGUAAUUAACAGCGUUGCCCUUGUACUUUUACUUUAAAUACUUAAGCACAUUUAAUAUCAUAAAAUUACUUUUGAUACAUCAGUACAAUAAAUAUCAGAGACAUUUACUGAGCUAAUACUCUAAUAAGUGACUAACUUCUACUGAAGUCAUUUUCUGGUGAGAUAUCUUGGUGCUUCAUCCGCCACUGUUUCGGUCACUCAUGUUGUCUGGUGCUGGGCUUUUGGUCUGACUAAAGCACUACACAGCGAGCUCUUCUCAUUUCUCUAUUUUGUGCGUCCUCGUUUUUGAUUUUCUCCAUCCUCCUGUCUGUGACUGGGAGAUUGAACUUAGCACACCACUUUCAAGGGUGUCUUGACCCCUACGGAGGAGCUAUGAGCGAGGACGCUCGGGCGCAUCCUUUGCAUUCGUAUUUGUGGAAAGUGAUAUAUAAAAGAGGCUUGACCAUGGAUGUAUAGAGACCUGGAUGCAACAUAUGAAGCCGGGCCUUGUUCAUCCCUAUGAAAGUUGUGCAUGCAGCCAAAAAGUUUGAGUUCCUGGUUAUAAAAUUACUCAGAUUUCCGCAGCCAUGGGUCCAUAGAGCAAAUACACUUGAGACUUUGGCUGCUGUUUUGGCCCUCCUUUAACUUGAAUGCAGAUAAAAUUAUUUAAUUGUGUGGCUUUUCUUGACUUUUGAAAUAUUAUCGGCCCAAAUGAAUCAAACCUAGAUGGUGAAAAAAGUCAUUUAGCAGGGGAUAUGACACUUGAAAACAAUGUAUCCACAAAUUUACAUGUCUCUUCGCUUGCAUCUCAGGUGGGAGAGACUACGGACUCAUUUAUUCACUCUUUAAAUACAAAAACAGAUACAUCUGUUUCAAAUGUAAACGUUGCUGCCUUCAUACAUCAAUGUGUCCUUUAUGUUGGCAUAAAUACAGCCAAUAGAUGGCACUAGAGGGCUGAGUCAAAAGUUUCGAACAACAUGAGGUGAUGGUGGAGGAGGUCGGAAUUAUGGAACAUUUAAUGGAGGCAGCGUUGUAAAUGGCGGUGGUCUGUGAGGCCAGUCAUCUCCUAUGGUCGCAUCUCACUUGAACUACACGACCCCACAAUCAGUGGUGGUAUUUCUCUGUUAUGUCCCAAUCUGAAAGCUUUCAGACAACAUGCACAAACACAGCGUACGGACAAAAGGCUUCGUCCGUGCCUGUAUACAUAUUUAACGUUGAGCGUAACGUACAAACUGAGAAAUGAGAAGAGGUGUGUGUGUGUGUGUGUGUGAUGGGUCAACUGAUUCAAGUUACCUGUGGAGAGUGGAGUGGCACAUCAGGCGGAUCGGCUGAACCAGGAGGGAGGGAUCAAUUUGACCUGGGGACCUGGAUUUGGAUGAAACUCUGGGAAGGAGUGUAGUGGGUUUCCUGCUCCUCUUUGUCCUGGGUUGGUCAGUUGGCAAAGAGAGAGGUGGACAGAUCUGUGACGGCAGCACUAGAGUCGGGAUGGCCAGGACGUUACAAACUGACUCACAAAGGGAAACAAUAACCCAGCUCUCAUAAUACAACUGAUCACAGUUAACACAUACUUAUUUAACAAAUGCAUGCAAUACACACAUGUGGACUGAGGCAGCUUUAAGGUAUGAGUUGAUGGCUAUGGUCAAGUGUCAUACUGUGUCAUCCUUUUUAUGUCCCUCUGUAACGACUUGACAUUUAAAUGUACAUUUAUUUCAAAAUGUGUUUGUGACAAUCAGCUUUUUGAUUGAACUCAAUAAAUACUGGAUCCUGUAUUUAUUUUGUCACUUCUGUUUUGUUUCACUCUGUAUUGACAAUGUAAAACUCACUUUACAAUCCAGUUUAAGAAAACACAGCAAAAUGUCAUACACUUUAAUAAGUACAGGUAGUAUUUACAGUAUAUACACCGUAACACAUUACUAACUUUGCCAUCACUACUGUAUACUUUUCAUAGAUUAGGAAGUAUUUACAUUGUGAAUAAGACCAUAAGUUGAUUCUGAAUUUUUUUUCUUUUAAAUUCUGAUACGCAAUAAAUUCAAGUAGGCGUGCCUUGAUACAGAAUAGUCUGACUAUGACCAUGGUAAGAGAGGUAUGCAAGAACCACUUAACAGGUGCGUCAUGGUCCUAGACUUCAAAGAAUACUUUUUAAAAGGCUCGUCAGCUGGGUGCCACGGGGUUGGGGGGCACAAUGUCAGUCAAUAUCAAACACAAACUAUACAAGUUCAUACGUACAUACAUAUUCUAUGUGUGGGGAUUUUUAAAAAUCAGAACCAUUGGUUUCUUCUUCCAAAGCUUUACACAUUCAGGUUUGGUCGUCAGCCUUUAGUGGAAGCAAACGUUAGACCAAGGACCAUUUGCUGUGGAGUGUCCCGGUGGUCUAAAACACACACCGCAGCCUCAUGGAUCGGUGUCACUCCAGGGACAUUUGUUUCAUGUCACCUUCUCCCUCCCGUAUCUCCUGCUGUCUCCAAUAUCAACUUUUUAAAAUAUACUAUGCAGGAUUUUCUCGUACAGAAGCAAUCCCUCUUAAUCAUCAUUUAUGAUCCACUAACAGUGUGUUGCGCUGUAUUUUUCUGGCAAGACUCUGCCCUCUGCCUGUGUUUUCA